AUGGGCGCCGCACCAUCCAAGCCGGACCCCUGUCCGUUCGAGCCUCCCGACUGGCACAUGUUCAUCGGUGGCGACUGCCAAGGCGACAGGCCCCGAGUCGUGAACACAGGCGACGCACACAACUGGCGGUGCUGGACCCCCGACGAGGCCGUCGGCUCCUUUCAAGUCUCCGGGUGCGGCUGCCGGAUCAGGCUCUGGGCCGGGGACAAUUGCACCGGGACAUCGUAUCCGGCGGCCAGUAACACUUGGAAAUACCCAGACGGGAUCCACGAUCCGAGCUGUCAACAUAUCCAGUACGCUUCCAUGUCCAUCGACGGCGGCAACAUCUAUAGUGGAAACUGA